CUCAGGGAGCGCGCAGCGUGGCGAUCGGCAGUGCGCUGUGUCCCUCGGACACAGCGGAUCACCGAUCACGGAAAGAGCCGAAGAUGUCGGCUCAGUCAUGUGAUCAGCUGUGUCCAAUCACAGCUGAUCACAUGGGACAUUUACACUGAUCAUCAGGGCACUGAUGAUCAGUGUGCCCUGAUGAUCAGUGUAGCCCCAGCAGUGCCACCUGUCAGUGGCCAUCAGUGCCUUGUGUCAGUGCUAAUCAGUGCCUCAUGCCAGUGCCCAUCAGUGCCACAUCAAUGCCACAUAUCAGUGCCUACCAGUGCACAUCAAUGCCACAUAUCAGUGCCCAUCUGAGCUGCCUUUCAGUGUCACCCAUCAGUGCCAGUCAGUGCCACCUAUCAAUGCCAAUCAGUGCCACCUAUCAGUGCUGCCAAUCAGUGCUACCUAUCAGUGCCUGUCAGUGCCGCCUAUCAGUGCCAUGCCAGUCAGUGACGCCUAUCAGAGACAGUCAGUGCCGCCUAUCAGUGCCAUAUAUCAGUGCCAUGUAUCAGUUCUGCCUUUCAGUGCCCAUCAGUGAUGCCUGUCAAUGCCCAUCAGUGCCACCUGCCAGUGCCUCCUCAUCAGUGCCACCUAUCAGUGUCCAUCAGUGCAGCCUAUCAGUGCCCAUAACUUCAACCUCAUUAGCGCACAUCAGUGAAGGAGAAAAAUCACUUAUUUACAAAAUG